GAAAGUCCCCAUGAGCAGCAGCAGAGCCUUUUGCUGUCGCGUAUCAUCACCAACAUUGAAAAGUUGAAUGAAGCAGUUGCCAUGAUGAACAAGAACCUGCAGGAAGUCAACGUCCAGAAUAUGAAUGUCGAGCUGGUGGCUCAGAUGUUCAAGAACUACCAAUCCAACGUCUUGUUUCAUCUCGAAGGUUCGUUGAUUCGACCUCACUUAGUA